UUUAGAGUAUUCACAGCCUCUCUCUCUUUCUCUGCCAACGGCGACUUUUCUCUGUCACUGUGACUUUCCUCUAGGGUUUAAGGUUUGAUUUUCAGACAAAAGUACAAACAAUCAAUCUGCAGCUUAAGGUUUGAUUUUCAGACAAAAGUACAAUCAAUUCGGCGAUUGGUCUCCGAAGAUGCAUUCUUGUUUUCAAACUCACUUCGUCUCCUUCAAGCUUCCUCAUUUUUUCGCGCCUAAGAGUUUUGUGGCGUCUUCACGGAGAGAAUUAAGAGUGUUCGCAGUGGCAACCACCGUGGAGGAGGCGUCUGGUAAUAUACCAGCGGCUCCGAUUUCUCUACCUGAAGGGUCAUGGAAACAGAUAGCUGGUGGAGUUACAGCUGCUAAAGGGUUUAAAGCUGCUGGUAUGUAUGCUGGAUUACGAGCUGCAGGGAAGAAACCUGAUCUCGCUCUUGUAACCUGUGAUGUCGAAGCUGUAGCUGCAGGUGUGUUUACUACUAAUGUGGUUGCUGCUGCUCCUGUAGUUUACUGCAAAAAAGUUCUUGAGACUUCGAAAACGGCUCGUGCAGUGUUGAUCAAUGCCGGUCAGGCCAAUGCAGCUACGGGUGAUGCCGGUUACCAAGAUAUGUUAGAUUGUGUUGGAUCUAUUGCGACGCUACUUAAAGUGAAGCCAGAACAAGUGUUAAUUGAGUCAACUGGUGUUAUCGGUCAGAGAAUAAAAAAGGAAGAGCUUCUCCAAGCACUUCCAACCCUAGUCAACUCGAGAUCAGACGCUGUUGAAGAGGCAGAUUCUGCUGCUGUAGCAAUCACGACAACAGAUCUUGUAAGCAAGAGUGUUGCAGUUGAAUCACAUGUUGGUGGAAUCAAGAUUCGAGUUGGUGGUAUGGCAAAAGGCUCCGGGAUGAUCCAUCCAAAUAUGGCAACUAUGUUAGGUGUCAUCACAACAGAUGCACUAGUUGAAAGUGAUAUCUGGAGAAAGAUGGUAAAGGUUGCAGUAAACCGAAGUUUCAACCAGAUCACUGUAGAUGGAGACACAAGUACUAACGACACAGUCAUUGCUUUAGCGAGCGGGCUAUCUGGAUCACCUUCUAUAUCAUCUUUGAACUGUAACGAAGCUGCACAGCUUCAGGCAUGCCUCGAUGCGGUGAUGCAAGGACUGGCUAAAUCAAUAGCUUGGGAUGGUGAAGGCGCUACAUGUCUCAUCGAGGUAACUGUUAAAGGAGCAGAAACUGAAGGAGAAGCAGCGAAAAUUGCACGCUCGGUGGCUUCCUCUUCCCUAGUCAAAGCAGCUGUUUAUGGGAGAGAUCCAAACUGGGGACGCAUAGCUGCAGCUGCUGGCUAUGCCGGGGUUUCUUUCCAGAUGGAUAAGCUGAAGAUAUCGCUCGGCGAUUUCUCUCUCAUGGAGAGUGGUCAACCUCUUCCGUUUGACAGGGAUGGAGCCAGUAACUACCUCAAGAAAACUGGCGAGGUUCACGGAACAGUUACAAUCGAUAUAUCCGUAGGUGAUGGUGCAGUCAUCGGAAAGGCAUGGGGAUGCGACCUUAGCUAUGACUAUGUCAAGAUCAACGCUGAGUACACCUCAUAGGACUGAGACUGAGAGACAGAGUUUCAUAUACUAUUGUUGUGUUAUGAUCUCAAAUUAUAAACUGAUUUUGCUUCAAAUAAGAGAACAAAGUUCCAUUGAGUUA